CUCACUUUCUCGGCAGCAGUGGUCAUCGCUCUCCUAUCAGCCCCAGCAGUAGUGGGAAAUGCGUUGAUUUUAGCCACAAUCUGGAGGAGGACUUUUCUUAGAACAUCAUUCCAUUCUCUCCUUGGCGGAUUAGCAGUCAGUGACUUUCUAACAGGGCUUAUUUCCCAGCCUUCGUACGCUUUGUUCCACUUGAUACAUAGAAAAAACGCGGCAGCAAUACAAGAUAAUUCAGUGGUAGAAAAUGUUAUUGGAAUAAUCGCUGGAUUUAGCACCUACCUCUUUGUCAACAUAACUGUUGAUACCAUGACAUUAAUGUCCGUUGAGCGAUGGUUGCAUAUGUCUAGGAGAUCUCUUACAACAUCCCAUCGCCGAUAUUACGCUGCUAUCGUAAUAUUACUCUUUUCGAUCCCUUCUUUAGUUAUCUACAGUUUAGCUCGGAAGGAACCAGCUUUUUGGAAUACCUUAUUAAGAGUGACAAUUGCAAAAUUUUCGUUUUGUUAUGUUACCAUAUCGUUUGCUUAUUUUAAGGUUUAUCAAAUUAUUCGUCGUCACCAGCUUCAAACUCAGGCCAACGGAACAUCUCAGAACUUUGGUCAACCCGCAAUAGACUUAGCGAAGUACAAGAAAUCUGUGGCAACUAUGCUAUAUAUCUUUUUGCUAUUUUCUAUGUGUUUCUUACCUUUUGCUAUGUCUAAUGCGGUAGCUCUUAAAACUACAACUCAAGUGUCAAAAAGCGUUAUGAGCCUAUCACUAGUGCUCGUAUUUCUGUCUUCGUCACUCAACCCAGGGUUGUACAUUUGGAGAAUGAGGGACAUCCGUAGGGGUCUUAAACAGCUAUUAGCUAGCUUAAGAACAUAAAUUUUGUCAAAUAAUCAAAAUAAUUCCUUGAUUUGAGUAGAGGUAUUCGUGGAGACACAACUGAAGUAACAAGUGUGCUUCCGAAAAACCGUCGAAAAAAAGCAUUUAAAUGUACAUGGCUAUUUCAGUCAACAAGAAAUUCCAAUUUCAUGGUUGACGCAGUUCUUUCUAAAACAAAGUAGAAACAUUAUUUCCAAGAUAAAAAUUGUCCUACUUAGGCCUUAGUUAUGUACUGUCGAUUCUUAAAUAUAAUUGCAAAAACAGCUAAUGAACUGAACGAAAAUUUGAUUUCGUCGUACAGUAUUCUUUAUGAGUUUACGCGUAUUUCCAAGGAGCUGUAUAAAAAUUCUUAAGAGAUGGUACAUGAAUAACUAUAUUUGGCAUUAAAGUCAGCUUUCCUAAUAAAUGAAAGAUGUAAUUACGGGUAAAAACGACAAAUGUAAGCUUAGGUAAACUUCUGUCCCUUUUUCUUACAGUAUUAAUUAUCUAUGCAUUGGCUUUCGUGAGGUAACUACAAUAGGUUUUGAACAGAUGAACCAAAUGACAUUUGCGAGGCAAAAGUCAUAAAUAAUUAAAAAAGGUUAUCAAGUAUUCUACUCAUGACCAAAUCUCAAAAGGAAAAAUCAUUCAAGCAGUGAGCCGCUGUAUGUCUCCAGAUUAUAAAAGUGAAAACAGUUCCUGUUCAUCAUUUUUACCCCAUAGGUUUAGCAAGAAAUCUCAUUGAGAUUUUUACUUUUACUCCCCAAGCCAUACCAUGCCAGAAAGUUCACACUGAUGAAAUCUCAGUUGUCUUUUGUAGAUUGUUUUACAGCUCUAGCAUAGUAUAAGCAAGUAAGCAUUUUAUAUUUCUGGUCUAAAUUUUACCCUGUCUGUUGUUUACGCCUGGUCCGUAGUCUGCAUUUAACACUGAACAAUUAAGUAAUAAAUUUUAGAAACUAAUAAAGGUUCUGACAGUAAAAUUCGAACUUUCAAUCUAUUUGAUUGCAUUCGUGUCAAUCUAUGUGGCCAACAGGAUAUCAAAGUGGGCAGGGACAUCAUGUAUUGGCUUCAUCCCCCCUUGCAGAGGGGAAUUCUGAUUGAACUUGGUGUUUCGUGGGAAUUUGUCGUUUUCAGUAUGUUUAAGGAGUACUUUAAGGUAAUUGAAUGAAGAACAAUGUUUAUUUAAAAAAUAAUUACUUAUAUAUUCUGAUCUAUGUUAAAAUGUAAGAGUGGUCUUCUUUUUCUUGGUGAAUGUCAAAAAAUAAUUGUGUUUUCAAAAUAUAUGAUAAAAAGUGAUAUCCCAAUAUUUUGAUGUUUUCUUUGAAAUUAUGAAGACUUCUUACUUUUUAUGAAGUUACAACUGAAACUGAUGGUAAUUAAUGUUGGCAAACAAAGAAUUCUAAGACUCGAUGUUUUACUUCUUAAACCUAAAAGAACUAAGUUGAAGUUACAACUCAACCUGAUGGCCAGCGACUUUCACAUGUAAUUCACCAAUUACUAUCAGAAACAACUAAACAGACACUGUAAUGACAAUUGUAAAUGUAGCAACUCUAAACGCUAAAACGAUAAAUAUGUUUUUAACAAAUGGAAUCUCAUCAGCAGCAACAUUAACAAUGAAUAAUUUUAAACUAAGUUAUGUUGCCAUACCCUGGUGAUGUCUGUUUACCUAAGUAUCAGAUACUAGAAAGAACUCUUUCUUGUAAGAGGGUCACAACCGAUGCUCUGAUGAAAAAAUUUGUGACACUUGAUUGUAUAAAUCGUAAUAAAGUUGGAAUUUCUGAAGGUGGAAUAGGAGUUCAUGAGCUUUCAAUUUAAAAAUUUAAUGUUAUAUUGUUAUAUCACAGUACUGAUAUCCUUCUAUUAUUGUUUCUCGAUCCACCUUGGGAAGCCCAAGUAAUAAUAUUUCUUGCCAUACAUGUACAGAGAAAAAGUCUACGUUUCUAUGCUCUUCAGACGACCACAACGAUAAAAACCGCUAUUCCCCUAACAAUGAUAUUUCAGCGGCAGCGAUAGUGGCAGUUUUAUCGCCCUUGGCGGUGGUGAAGAAUGGGUUUAUUUCAGCGACGAUUCGGAAGAGGAACUUUGCGAGAACUUCGUUCCAUAUUUUUCUCGGUAGAUUGACAAUGACUGACUUUUUGGGUGAUCUAAUCGGUGGGCCCCUUCAUGCUUUGAGCAUAUUGGUUAAAGCUUUUACAGAUUCGACGUUAUCACAGGAUAACUCAGCCCAUUUGUCCUCAGUUCGUGAAGCUUUGUUUUUUUUUGCCACCAUUCCUAUCUUUACCAUGACCUUGAUGUGCUUCAAACUUGGAUGCAGAUGUCUCGAUGAUCCUUUAAGAAAUCAUUCCUUCCGAUUCCAACCGUUUUCCUUUUAUUUUUAUAUACAAACGAUCUAGCUUUUUUUAAUAUAUUGUUAAUAGGGGUGAACUCAGAGAUUUCAUUUUGUUCUCCUGGGCAAUGCUCGCUUAUUUCAAAGUUUAUCGGAUUAUCCGCCGUUAUUAUAGCAAAAUUCAAGGCGGCGGACUUUUUCAGAACUUUAGUUAACCCGCAAUUGACUUAUCAAAGUAAAACAAACCUGUAGCAUCUAUGCUAUGUAUUUUAUUGUUAUUCUGUUCUGUUCUAAUCUGUGUCUUGCCGUGCGUUAUUUCCACUACGGUACGUGGAUAUGUUAAUUCACAACGGCUGGCAAGAGACGAAGAAAUGACAGCUCUCUGCCAUGGCACCAGUGAUGCUAAUGUUUUUGUCAUCCUUUUUCAAUCCAGGGUUGUACCUUUGGAGAAUAAGAAAUAGUCGUAGUGGUCUCAGGAAAACAAUUUUUCAGAAUGUUAAGGAAAACGGUUUUUCUGUUGCGUUUUGAUUGAUUUCAAAUCAAGUUAAAUUGAUUUUAGUCAAAGUAAUUUCCGAAAGAGAGUAUUAAUAUCGUACAGGUUUUCAUUAAGAGGCUUUCUUGGUAAAGUAGCCUUAUUCACAUUUAAAGUUGUACAAUAAAUUAAAUCCAAAGUUUAAUUAACUUCUACAUUUUUUCUUCGGAGGUUUAGUAUAAAUUUAAAAAAUCUGUUUGAAGUUUUCCUAACAAUCUAUUACAUAGGGGUUUUGGUUGGACGAUCUUAGUUAGUGAAAAAACUAAUUUCGGACACUAAUGCCAAUAACAAUGUUAUUAAAAUGGGGGCAUGAUCUGUUAUUUAACUUACAGCAUUGAUUAUGCAAACAUUGAUUUGUGUUAGGGAUCUACAAUACGCUUUGCAUUUUAAAUUAUCUAAAGAAAAAAAAAGGGAUUAAAACGGAAACAGCAUGCGGCUGCAAAAGUUAAAACAAUGUAUUCGUUUGAAAGGCUGCGCUUUAUUUUAUUACUUUCUAAGAGGAAACAGGUGAAAAAUUAGCUCAUCAGUCGAUGAAAAUUUAAUGUAGAGCGUAAAUCUUCGAGGCUCAUCCGACAGUUACAAAAAAGACUUUUAUUCUAACGUUCACUUCAAAAGCUUCAUUAAGCUGCGAAUACAGCGUUGUAUAACUCAAGAUAAUUUGGCCGAUGUUACCAACUGAGUCGAUAGUGCAAAUUACCACCGUAAAGAGUUUGUAAGUCUAACAUUUCAAGCGUUAGCCCUUCGUGAGAGCAAAUGUAUAACUCAGACGACCAUAAUUGGAAAGACAAUGACAAAUUUCGUUCGGUUGUUAUUUUUUCAAAGGCAACCGCCAUCGCUAUGUUAUCACCUGUAGCUGUGGUAGGAAAUGCGAUCAUUUUGGCGACAAUUUGGAGAAGAACCUUUCCACGAACAACCUUUCAUAUCCUUCUGAGUGGAAUAGCGUUAAACGAUCUGUGCACAGGACUCAUUGCUCAGCCAUGUUAUGCAGCGAGCUUUCUAAUAUCUCCAACGAAAGAUUCGAAGGUAAAGGAUAAUCCAAAUCUUGCUGCCACCUUGCGUACCGUAGGCGAAGCAACUGGCAAUUUCUUUGUCUCCGUUACAAUUCUAACCAUAACAGCGAUGUCCAUUGAGCGAUGGCUGUAUAUGUCUCGAGGCUCCUUCACCACAUCCCGUCGUAGAUAUUUCAUUCUAAUUUUAAUGCUAUUCGUCCCUAUUCCCAACGUUAUAAUUCGGGUUUUAAUACACCAGAAUUUCCGGUUUGAAAAAAUAUAUGAGAUAACUAUGAUCUCAGAAAUUUCAUUUUUUUAUGUAAUCAUAUUAUUUGCUUAUUACAAAGUUUAUAGGAUCAUUCGGCAUCAUCAACAGCAGAUUAAAGCCAGCGAAGUGUCAACUCAAAGAUUUGGUCAGAAUGCAAUAAAUCUGGAAAAAUACAAAAGAUCCGUUGCCACUAUGAUAUAUAUUUUAUUGCUGUUCUCUGUAUGUUUCAUACCAUUUACUGUAGCUGUUCCUGUCGAUUUUAUUACACGUUCGAAAGCUGGAAUGGUCACCGAGAAAGUGUCUGUUGUGCUUGUAUUUCUAUCUUCUUCUCUCAGCCCAGUUUUGUACCUUUGGAGAAUGAGGGAGAUUCGGGCUAGUCUGAAGCAACUGUUAACCAUACACAAAUAA